AUGUCUCGAGAUAAUCAUGAAACGGCGAUCGAGUUGCAGAGUCCAAUAUCUCAAGACCGAACUCAAGAUGACGAAUCCCAUGCGAACGCCCAGUCGCUCCCUCCACACGAUCGCGGCAAAGCAGCAUGGCGACUCCUCGCAGCAGCCUUCGUCUUUGAAGCACUCCUCUGGGGGUUUCCGUUGUCGUUCGGCGUCUUUCAAGAAUAUUACUCUCAGCUUCCUGAAUUCAAGGAUUCACCAUACAUUUCUGUCAUCGGAACUGUGGCAUCUGGCUUGUCGUAUAUGGCCGCACCAAUAGUUAUCCCGAUUAUCAAGCGCUACUCCAGGUAUAGGCGGCAUAUGAUCUGGAUUGGUUGGACGAUAGCGCUGUUGGGGCUUGUCGCUGGUUCGUUCGCUCGCAAUUUGGGAACGUUGAUUCUUACUCAAGGUGUGGCAUACGGCUUCGGGUUCAUUGUGUUUUACUAUCCGAUUCUGAGUAUGGUCAAUGAGUUCUGGAUCGCACGCAGAGGUCUCGCAUAUGGCAUUCUUUGCAGUGCUUCUGGCGUGUCCGGAGCUGCUUUGCCGAUUGGUCUGCAAGCUAUGCUUCAUCGGUAUGGGUAUCAGACUACGCUUCGCAUUAUCUCUGUUGGGCUUUUCGUUUUGACUGGCCCAUUGAUCCCAUUGCUGAAAGGUCGCGUCCCGCAGACUUCAGCAGAGAAUACGGCGCCAGCUAGGACGGACUGGACAUUCUUGAAAAAUCCGCUUUUCUGGGUCUACAGCCUCUCAAACUUGGCGAUGGGACUAGGCUACUUCUUUCCAUCCAUCUACCUGCCAUCGUACGCCACCUCUGCCGGUCUUCCUUCAUCACAAGGCGCACUACUCUUGACCAUCAUGAGCGUCGCUCAAGUGCUAGGGCAAUUCUGCUUCGGCUAUCUGUCCGACAAGAGUCGCAUACCCUUGAGCCUGCUCGUUACCUCCUCUGCCUUCUCAGCUGGGGUUGCUGCGUACGUCUCUUGGGGUUUAGCCAGGACUUUCGGUGUGCUCUUUGUCUUCGCCUUGAUCUACGGCUUUUUUGGCGCUGGAUAUACUGCCAUGUGGGCGCGAAUGGGCACUUCAGUAUCGAGUGAUCUCAACGCUGCUUUCGCUGCAUUUGGCUUGCUGAACUUUGGUAAGGGAGUUGGCAAUGUUCUCGCUGGUCCAAUCGGAGGUGCUCUCCUGCGAAAUACGAUCAGUGCGGGGCGAUAUGGCGUUGGCAGAUUCGACACUGUUGUUUUGUUCACUGGCAGCUGCAUGGUCAUUAGUGCGAUUGCCAUGCUGGGUACUUGUGCACCUGCUAUUAAGCGAGCAAGGGCAGCUUGA